AUGACCCAACAAUACCAACGAUUCCGAAAAGCUGACAUCAUUGAAGAAGUCGGUGUCAGGAUUGCUUCCAUCUCGGCAAGCAAUGGCGACUCGUCAUACUAUGUGUGUUUGCAAGACAUUCAGGAUGUGUUUCCAGAUGCACAGCGAUUCAAGUUGGAUGGACAUCCCAUCCUGUUCCUUCAAGACUCUAAUGGUAACAGAAUCGAACCCCCACGCAUUGCAUUCUAUCCUGACAAGAUCCUGGACGUCAUUACAGCAGAACCACAGGCCUGCAACUGUAAUAGCAGCAGUAAUAGUAGCACCAGUGCCAGCAGCAACAGCAUGGCCGUCAUCAGUUUGUCCGCGUUGGGAGUACCAACCAAUCUAGCCUCCCAGGAUAUUUUACCCAUUAUCAAACUUGAGAUGAUGUUGGAAAAGAGCAACAUGGUGAUUGACCUGUUACUGGAAGCCAGAAAGAAGGACGAUGAAAUGCUUAAGCUGCAACUGGGGAAAUUCCUUCAAAACAAUGAUGAAGAUAAACAACUUGGCAACUUGUACAGGAUCACGACAGAGACAGGCCAUGUCAAAUGGGUCUGUAUAGAUCACUAUCGUUGGACAUAUGGAGAAGCAGAACAGAAAGUGUUCAAAAAGGUAGUGGGGUUGAAUGGCGGCGAAUAUGACUUGCACCUUGGCAAAGUGAUCAUCACAUUGAAAUCCAAAACCACAGCUGAAGAAUUCUUCAAUGCGCUGACCAAUGCAAGACGUGUUUACGAGUUGGAUAUCAGUUUUGACUGGAAUUGGAGUAAAAGUGAUCUUGAAGCAUUUGAAGAAGCACUAAAGAAGUCAAGUGUAUCGAUCCUUCGGCUUGAACUCGGAGAGUUUCAAGAAAGCACCACCAAAGAAAUACUUUCAAUGGCUCCCAGAUAUGGAAUGCUUGUUCACAUCAUAGAACUUAGCAGCAUGAAGGCGAUCCAUAUUGUUUUACCUCCGAACACUAUAAAGGUCCCCAGUUUACAGCUCAGCAGGCCACCACACCUUCAAAAGCUAACUAUUGAGAUGAAGCCUCGAGAGAUUGAUGCUAUUCUGGAACUAUCAGAAGCACUCAAGACUAACAAGACUUUGACCACGCUGGAUUUGAUGUGCAACCGAAUUGGAGAUAAAGGAGUCAUGGCACUAUCAGAGGGACUCAAGGCUAACAGGACUUUGACCACACUAGAUUUGAUGGGCAACUCCAUUGGGAAGGAAGGAGCUCUUGCACUGUUAGAAGUGCUCAAGACCAAUACAACUUUGGUCACUUUGGACUUGGAGUACGACUCGCUUGGGAAGGAAGGAAUUCUGUUGCUGUCGAAGACGAACACAACCUUGACUUCUUUGAGCUUCAGUAGUAAAGCAAUUGGGGAUGAAGGAGCCCUUGUACUGUCAGAGACACUCAAGGCUAACACAACCUUGACUGCUUUGGACUUGCGGUACAACUCAAUUGGGAAGGAAGGAGCUCUUGUACUGUCACAGGCACUCAAGAUUAACACAACCUUGACUUGUUUGAACUUGCGGUACAACUCAGUUGGGGACGAAGGAGCCCUUGCACUGUCAGAGGCACUCAAGGUUAACACAACCUUGACUACUUUGGCCUUGUGGUGCAACUCAGUUGGGAGCGAAGGAGCUCUUGUACUGCCACAGGCACUCAAGGUUAACACUACCUUGUAACUGGGAUACAACUCAAUCAGGGGCGAAGGAGCCCUUACGCUGUCAGAG